CAUAUAAUUUCUCCUAUGCUCGGAGAGGCUACAGGGCUUUCUCUCCGUUCGAAUUCCCUCCCCUUCGAAUCCCUUCCCCUUCGAAUCCUCUUCCGCGCGACAAGGCCGAUCUCUUCUAUUACAGGUACUAGGAGAAUGGAAGGACCAACAGGCAAAGUAAGCAACAGCGCUGACAUGUUCUUGCCAAAUUACAAACUUGGAAAGACUCUCGGCAUUGGUUCAUUUGGUAAGGUGAAAAUUGCAGAGCAUGCUUUGACCGGCCACAAAGUGGCUAUCAAGAUCCUUAACCGUCGUAAGAUAAAGAACAUGGAAAUGGAAGAAAAAGUGAGACGUGAAAUCAAAAUAUUGAGGCUGUUCAUGCAUCCUCAUAUUAUACGCCUGUAUGAGGUUAUAGAGACACAGACUGAUAUUUAUGUUGUCAUGGAGUAUGUGAAAUCAGGGGAGCUGUUUGAUUACAUUGUAGAGAAGGGUAGAUUACAAGAGGAAGAGGCUCGUUGUUUUUUUCAACAGAUUAUUUCCGGUGUUGAAUACUGCCACAGAAAUAUGGUAGUUCAUCGGGACCUUAAGCCAGAGAAUCUGCUUUUGGAUUCCAAAUGCAAUGUUAAAAUUGCAGAUUUUGGGUUGAGCAAUAUCAUGCGUGACGGCCAUUUCCUCAAGACUAGCUGUGGAAGCCCAAAUUAUGCUGCACCUGAGGUUAUCUCUGGAAAACUAUAUGCAGGGCCAGAAGUAGAUGUUUGGAGCUGUGGUGUUAUCUUGUAUGCCCUUCUUUGUGGUACUCUUCCAUUCGAUGAUGAAAACAUCCCAAAUCUGUUCAAGAAAAUAAAGGGUGGAAUAUACACUCUUCCGAGUCAUUUGUCAGCUGGGGCAAGGGAUUUGAUCCCCAGGAUGUUGGUGGUUGAUCCUAUGAAGCGAAUGACUAUUCCUGAGAUUCGUCAGCACCCGUGGUUCCAAGCCCAUCUUCCGCGUUAUUUAGCUGUGCCACCACCAGAUACGAUGCAACAGGCAAAAAAGGCAUGGAUUGACGAGGAAAUUCUUCAAGAGGUGCUUAAAAUGGGGUUUGACAGGAACCAGCUGGUUGAGUCGCUUCGUAACAGAAUACAAAAUGAGGCUACUGUUGCGUAUUAUUUGCUUUUGGACAAUCGAUUCCGCGUUUCCAGUGGCUAUCUUGGAGCUGAGUUUCAGGAAUCCAUGGAAUGUGGUUUCCCUCGUAUGCAUCCAGGCGAUACUGCUACUUCACCCAUUGGGCACCAUCUUCCAGGAUAUAUGGAUCAUCAAGGAAUCGGUUUAAGACCACAGUUCCCUGUUGAAAGGAAAUGGGCUCUUGGUCUCCAGUCCCGAGCUCAUCCUCGUGAGAUAAUGACAGAGGUUCUCAAGGCUUUGCAAGAAUUGAACGUAUGUUGGAAAAAGAUAGGGCACUACAACAUGAAAUGCAGAUGGUUUCCUGGCUUUCCAGGGCAUUCUAAUCAUAUUUUUGGCGAUGAAUCUGCCAUUGUUGAGAACGAUAGUGCUGUUAGGUCACCCAACGUGGUCAAGUUUGAAGUGCAGCUCUACAAGACCAGGGAGGAGAAAUACCUCCUCGACUUACAGCGGGUUAAUGGGCCACAGUUUCUAUUCCUUGAUCUCUGUGCCGCAUUCCUUGCACAGCUUCGGGUCCUCUAAUGUUCUGGUUUUAAUUGUAGUUCUUUGAGCCUGUUUCUCAUGAUGCUGAAAACCAUAACCUACUUGUGCAUAAUGCUGUAUGCUGUAAAUUAUUUACCGAGUCUCAUGGGUUUUGUUCUGCUUUUAUCUUUUUCUUUCUGCACUCUUUGUAGUGUUUGAAUUAAGAACCCAUAGCAGGUGAGCCAUCUUAGGCCAUCACUGUUGCUCUGUGGUGGACACAGCAACUAGUCCGGAGCUGCUGAGCUGGACACUCCUUCCCUUGGAGCUGUGGUAAGUUGGCUUCUCCAAGAUUGUAUCAUGGAAUCUGUCUAACAAAUUAAUCGAAUGGUCGUAUGCCAAUUUUCUUA